UUGGAGAGGGUAUCCCACAUCUUCGUUUAAUGCCAAACAAACUCCACCUAUCAACAUCGUCCUUGUGUUUCUCUAUAUAUACCCAAACCCCUAUUUCAUGCUGUAUAUACCUACAUACAUACAUACAACUCCAUACCAACCAACCCCUUCUUAACUUCCUCUCGAUAUUUUCAUCACACCCACAAACCAUCAGAAUUUGUAAGGUUAGGUGAUCGAUCAGGAGUGUGUGUGGUGAAUGGCUCAUCGGAAUUUGGAGAAAUUGGCGUCCAUCGAUGCGCAAUUGAGGCUUUUAGUUCCCGGAAAAGUGUCCGAGGAUGAUAAGUUGAUCGAGUAUGAUGCUUUGCUUUUGGAUAAGUUUCUUGAUAUUCUUCAGGAUUUACAUGGAGAGGAUCUCAAAGAAACGGUUCAACAAUGCUAUGAGCUAUCCGCUGAGUACGAAGGAAAGCAUGAUCCUAAAAAGCUAGAAGAGCUUGGAAACGUGUUGACGAGUUUAGAUCCAGGUGAUUCCAUCGUCAUUGCAAAGGCCUUUUCUCACAUGCUUAGCUUAGCCAAUCUAGCCGAAGAGGUUCAGACCGCUCACUGCAGAAGGACUAAACUCAAAAAGGGUGGUUUCGUUGAUGAGGCUAAUGCAUCUACUGAAUCCGAUAUCGAAGAAACUCUUAAGAGACUUGUACAUAAGCUUAAAAAGUCCCCGGAAGAAGUGUUUGAUGCACUCAAGAAUCAAACCGUUGAUCUUGUCUUCACCGCUCACCCAACUCAAUCUGUCCGCAGAUCUUUGCUACAGAAGCAUGGAAGAAUUCGGGACUGUCUCGCACAGCUAUACGCCAAAGACAUCACUCCUGAUGAUAAGCAGGAACUUGACGAGGCAUUGCAUAGAGAAAUUCAAGCUGCUUUUCGCACUGAUGAGAUUAGGAGGACACCUCCAACCCCACAAGACGAAAUGAGAGCGGGAAUGAGCUAUUUUCAUGAAACUAUCUGGAAGGGUGUUCCGAAAUUCUUACGCCGUGUUGACACUGCUCUUAAGAAUAUCGGGAUUAACGAACGUGUUCCGUAUAACGCCCCACUUAUACAGUUUUCUUCAUGGAUGGGUGGUGACCGCGACGGUAAUCCGAGGGUAACUCCUGAAGUUACACGGGAUGUUUGUCUACUUGCGAGGAUGAUGGCUGCAAACAUGUACUUUUCUCAAAUAGAGGAUCUUAUGUUUGAGAUGUCCAUGUGGCGUUGUAGUGAUGAACUUCGUGUUCGAGCCGAAGAACUCCAUAGAUCAUCUUCAAAGAGAGAUGUCAAACACUACAUAGAAUUUUGGAAGCAGGUUCCUCCUACCGAACCGUACCGUGUGAUUCUUGGUGACGUGCGGGACAAACUGUAUAACACGCGCGAAAGAGCUCGCCAUUUGUUAGCCCAUGACGUGUCAGACAUACCAGAGGAGUUGGUUUAUACUAAUGUUGAACAGUUCUUGGAACCUCUUGAGUUAUGCUACAGAUCACUAUGUGCGUGUGGUGAUCGUGUGAUUGCUGAUGGCAGUCUUCUAGAUUUUUUACGACAAGUCUCUACGUUUGGACUCUCACUUGUGAGACUCGAUAUCCGUCAAGAAUCCGACCGCCACACGGACGUCCUUGACGCCAUAACUCAACAUUUGGAAAUCGGGUCUUACCGUGAAUGGUCCGAAGAGAAACGACAGGAAUGGCUUCUAUCCGAGCUAAGCGGAAAACGUCCUCUAUUCGGGCCCGAUCUCCCAAAAACUGAAGAAAUUGCAGAUGUUUUGGAUACAUUCCAGGUGCUAGCUGAACUUCCACCUGAUUGCUUCGGUGCUUACAUCAUCUCCAUGGCUACAUCACCGUCUGACGUGUUGGCGGUUGAGUUGCUUCAGCGGGAAUGUAGCGUAAAACAACCGUUGCGGGUGGUCCCGCUUUUUGAAAAACUCGCGGAUCUUGAAGCAGCUCCGGCUGCGGUGGCACGUCUUUUCUCGAUCGAGUGGUACUGUAACCGGAUCGACGGUAAACAAGAAGUUAUGAUCGGGUACUCGGAUUCGGGAAAAGAUGCGGGAAGGCUUUCGGCCGCUUGGCAGCUUUACAAGGCUCAAGAAGAGCUUAUUAAAGUUGCGAAAAAGUUUGGGGUUAAGCUUACGAUGUUUCAUGGACGUGGUGGGACCGUCGGGCGAGGAGGCGGGCCCACCCAUUUGGCUAUCCUGUCUCAACCGCCUGAGACCAUUCAUGGGUCUCUUCGAGUCACGGUUCAAGGUGAGGUUAUAGAGCAGUCUUUUGGUGAAGAACAUUUGUGUUUUAGAACGCUUCAGAGGUUUUGUGCCGCUACACUCGAGCAUGGGAUGAAUCCUCCGAUCUCACCACGACCCGAGUGGCGUGCACUUAUGGAUGAGAUCGCGGUUCACGCAACCGAACAAUACCGUGAAAUCGUCUUCAAGGAACCACGUUUUGUCGAGUAUUUCCGCCUUGCUACGCCAGAACUGGAGUAUGGACGGAUGAACAUCGGGAGCCGUCCAUCAAAACGAAAGCCAAGUGGCGGCAUAGAGUCACUCCGAGCCAUCCCGUGGAUCUUCGCAUGGACUCAAACCAGGUUCCAUCUCCCGGUUUGGCUCGGAUUCGGGGCAGCAUUCAAGCACACGAUUGAAAAGGACGUAAAGAAUCUUCACAUGUUACAAGAAAUGUACAAAACAUGGCCUUUCUUUAGAGUCACAAUUGAUUUAGUCGAAAUGGUGUUCGCUAAGGGUGACCCCGGUAUUGCUGCCUUGAACGACAAGCUACUCGUCUCCGAAGACUUAUGGUCGUUUGGUGAAUCUUUAAGAACAAACUAUGAGGAAACCAAGAGUCUUCUGCUUAAGAUUGCUGGACAUAAGGAUCUUCUUGAGGGCGAUCCGUACUUGAGACAGAGACUUCGACUGCGUGACUCAUACAUCACGACCCUGAACGUAUGCCAAGCUUACACACUGAAACGGAUCCGUGAUCCAAACUAUCACGUGACACUGAGGCCUCAUAUUUCUAAAGAGUAUGCAGAGCCAGGGCGCAAACCGGCUGAUGAGUAUAUCAAGCUAAACCCAAAGAGCGAGUACGCUCCGGGUUUGGAAGAUACACUCAUCUUGACCAUGAAGGGUAUUGCUGCGGGAAUGCAAAAUACCGGUUAAUUAAUAAACGAUGUUAUGUUAUGUUAUGUUUUGUGUGUUAUUGUGGUUGUUUGCUUAGGGGAAUUUGGCUGAACCCCUGGUUGAAUACGAUGGUGGUCGUCGAUAAUGGGUGUAGUGACGGGUACCGUGUGCAUCUUUGAUGGUACCUUGUCCAAUAAACUGAUGAAUUAUUGUACUUUAGAAUAAAUGAUUCAACUGAAACGGUCUUUUGUACUCGUCUUUA